AAAUCAACGAAAAUGGCUUCAACAACAGACUCCGAAAAGGCAAUCGAGCUGGCACAGCAAGCAAAUGAACUCACGAAGUUGGGGAAACUCCCAGAUGCAGCUCGGCUCCUUCGCCAAGCAUCUACAUUGGCUCCAGACCAUGCAUCGAUAAAACAAGGCUGGAUCACACUCAAGGAAGAAGAAGGGAAGAGUGAGUUGCUUGGAAUAUGUAGGACUUGGGUUAAGAGCCAGGAUGACGCAGAUGGCGACAAAGCAUUGGCCAUCGUCCGAGCUCAAGGCCUCCGGGAAAAUGAAGCAGAACAGGCCAUGGAAGUACUGUUUGACUUCAAAGGCGAAGACGACCUUCUGGAUCAAGUCACCGGCGAGCUGUUACAGAGCCUUAGUGCUCAAAGAUGGCUUGCGAAGGAAGUGCAAGAGCGACCUACACAUAUGUACUACGAGCUUUUCGAACGCGGGGACGAUAGCAUUGAUGGCCUUCUCAAAACAAUGUUGAAUCGAGCCCUCUGGCCAAACGACGAAAAAUUUGUACAGGGCCACCGAGACGUUUUUAUGCUGAGCCUGGCUAUGAUGAUGGAAGAGGCUCUUGAGCAUCCGGAGCGGGCUAUGAAAGGUGUUGCGCAAUUGCUUGCCCAUCAUGCUGAGCAUUUGCACGGCAUCAUCGAUGCAGACAGCUUCGAAGUCAUUCUCACGAGUUUGGACAUUCGAUUGCCAAAUAGUCUGCGCAGCCAGGCCACGCUCGCUACCAUCAAAUUAUAUGAGCUGGCGCCUUCUACAGCGCAGGAUCUAGUCUCCAAAUUCGUGACUAAUAGAGUGCAAAAGUCGUACGCGGAGGACCUCGUUGUGGCUUUCUCGGCGGCCGCUGCAAUUUUCCCAAUUGCAGUACAACCAGCAGCCCAGCUUUUCUUAACAGAGGGUUUCGUUAGCACGUUAGUGCCUCUCGUGGAAGGCAAGAAGAGCUUGAAGUUGGAGCAAGCAGUACUCGAAUUGAUCAGCGCUUCUUGUGUGGACAAGAAUUGCAGAGAAGCCGUUAACCGUCAUUGUAGAACGUGGCUGGAGGAUGUCGUGGGAACUUCACCCGACAAAAAGCGGUCCAAUCUGGCAGCCCUCAUUCUGGUCAAACUUGGAGAAGAGCAACCCAAUACUGAUGGUCCUGUCAUUGUGACUCCAGGCAAAGUGGAUCAAGAUGACUUGAUCGCUAGUUUCAAGAGCAUGGUUAUUGGAUCGGAUACUUCAAGUAAACCCGACUCGAUUGAAGGUCUGGCCUAUGCCAGUCUACAGUCCAGGAUUCGUGAAGAUCUAGCAAACUCGCCCAAAUUCCUCAAACGCCUGCUUGAGUCAAUGGGCGAAGCUUCCGCUCAUUCGAACGUUCUGUUUGGCGGCCUUACUAUCCUCACGAAUUUGACUGCGCAUCUACCAAUCCAAUCCGACGAAGAAAAACGCAUGGAUCAGUUGAAAGCGUACGCCAACGUACAAAAACCAUCUGAUCCAGAUCCUUUACUUGAUGAUUCACACGUAGCCGUACGCUGUAAACGACUUCUCGAGGCAGGGGUUGUACCGGUCCUCGUGGCCAUAGCGAAAAGGAGUUCAGCCAGUGCUCAUGGUCAGAUCUCCGCUAUUCUCUUGUCCCUAUCAAAAGACUCCAAAAGUAGGGGUGUAUUGGCCCAACAAGGUGCCAUCAAACUCUUAACACAAAUAUACGAAACCAUUAAAUCUUCGACCAUCACACCAAACCCUUACCCACCAACCGCAUCUGUCACGACUGCUCAAGCGCUUGCUCGAAUACUCAUAUCAACCAAUCCUGCUCACAUAUUCAAUGCUUCUUUCCCUUCUCAAAAUGCCCUCCGACCUCUUUUAUCCCUUCUCCAACCCACCGAGAGUUCAACCUGGCAGCUCCAUGCGUUCGAAUCACUACUUGCGUUGACCAAUCUAGCCUCUCUCGACACACCCACUCAAGAUCAUAUCAUAAGGAAUACAUUCACCACCAUUGUCGACGAGCUUCUCUUCAAAGAUAAUGUAAUGGUAAAGCGGGCAGCUACAGAGCUGAUCUGUAACCUGAUGGCCUCUCCAUUAUGUAUCACUCAAUUCGCCGAUCCCUCUCUGCCUCGCUCAAAGCACAAUCUCCACCUUCUUCUAGCCUUAACCGACGUGGACGACGUUGGUACGAGGAGCGCGGCAGGUGGUGCGCUAGCUCAGCUUCUCAGCUACGACCUUGCAGUUGAAGCCUUCCUCAAACAAGAGAAAGGCGUGGACUUGCUUCUGGAAAUGUGUAUGGACGAGGAGGAGGAUAUAAGAUACAGAGGUAUAGCGUGCCUGAGGGGUGUUGUAGGUGAGGGUGGGGAAGAGGGAAUACAAAGAGUGAAGAGCAAUGGUGGAAUUGAAAUAGUCAAGGCUUUGCUGAAGGAAAGCAGAAGGCAGGAAGUGCUGGCGUUGGGGGUGGAAACUUUGAAGAUUCUGCUGGGCCAGUAG